AUGAAUUGCUACGGAGCACCGGUGUCGGCGACAUCGGCCUACGGUGAAUCGGGGGAUCCGGCAUGCAUCCUGGAUGCACCAGGACAGCAGCAUUUCGGUGAAAAACCUCCCGUCGGCGUGUGGUACAUGACUCCGGUGGGUCAAUCGCAGAUACCGAUCGGAAGUGAGCGUCAUGGUACAAACAGCGGGUCUCCUAGAUCGGGCGAUCCAAACGGACGAUAUUAUGGCACAGCAGGAGCUAGUGAGCUCGCAGGACUAGCCGCAGGACAUCAUCAUCCGUUUGGGAGUAGUCGAACGAUGAUGGGCAACGAAAGGGCGCCGUUAGGGUAUGAAGGAAGCAACGUUGAGCUGGGUUUUGGAGGCUUAUCGAUGGAUGUUGACGUGGGGAUUGGGAUUUCCGGUGGGAUCAGUGAAAAUGUGGAGAAAAAACCACGCCACACCGUAAAGGAUCGCUUUCUGGUGAGCAACCUGCUGCAACUGAACAGCACCAACAAUGGUGUGGUUGUACCGACGGAACCACCACAAGUGUCGGCUGAUAAGGAAGAUGCCGAAGACAGUGGGCAAAAAGGGGACGUUGCAGGAAAGACAAAAUCUUGUAUACUAAAAAAGCCACGACGCAAUCGGACCACCUUCACAACGAAUCAGUUAACAGCACUAGAGAAAAUUUUCGAAAAGACACACUACCCCGACGCUUUCGUUCGUGAGGAGUUAGCUAACAAGGUGGGCCUUAGCGAGGCCAGGGUACAGGUUUGGUUCCAGAACCGACGGGCAAAAUUUCGUCGAAACGAACGGAGCGCAUCGUCUGGUGGCGGGAACGGUGGAAAUAGCUCAAAAGGCGAUGAUUUCUUUCCACCUGGACCCCUGCCUGCUGCCAGCGGGAUUGGGUUUGGGGUGGAAAAAUCAGAAGCACCCUACUCGCUAUCCUUUUCAACACUCAGCUCCAUCUUUUCCCCCGUGGUGUCACAGUUGCAGUCGCACCAUCAUCAUUCUCACCAUCCCGCCGGCAGUGCGAGAAAUGGCCAAUUCUACCCGCCCUACAAGCAACAGCAACAUGAGGACGCCAGCUUCUGCAGCCAAUCGUAUCAAUUUCCGAGCCUCAAAUAUUUAAAUAACCUCCAGCAGACUUGA